AUGGCUGAUACGAACGGCGUUCCCCGCAGGGUCUCCAUGGCCUAUAUUUUAGGCUUCAGCAACAAGCCGUACAAGGAAGUAAGGUUGCCUGUGCCUACACCUCCGCCGCAAGCUAGAAAGCCCAGUCAGCCGAUUGCUACUCCUGGUCGUAUCAUGGAGUGGACCGCUAGUGACGGACGUAAGGGCAAACUUACUGGCGAUGGGAAGCCGCGACUCACUGCAGCCAGUCUUGCGAAGGUGCCAUCCGACAAGCGGUCGACAGAGGAAGUGCUGAGUGUAAAGAACACAUCGAAGAAAGCAACUUCGACCAAACUCGCUGUCGAUGGAGGUGACUUGUGGGGUACCAACACCAAUUGGGCCAACGCUUCUGUGAAAGACGAAAACAAGGAUUCGGGCUCAAAGAAAGGAAAUGAAGGAUUCUUGGAUAACACAGGCAACGGUAGCAAUGAUCCGCUCGCGAAUACUUGGGGAAACGUCGGAAAUGCUGCGGGUGGCGAUGACAAGACAGGCGAGAGGAAGGAUGAGACUACACCAGCUUGGGACACUCCGACCAAUGAUCCAACCGGUCCGGAAGCGUGCGACAAUCCCGCUCAGGACAGCGAAGGAGACAAGAAAGACGAAAACAAAAACGCUUGGACAAAGGAACAAGAUGAGAAGCUGAUACAUAUGAAAACUGAAGACAGGAAAGUGACCUGGAAUAAGAUCAGUCAGGAAGUCGGGAAGACUGAAGAGGAUUGCAAAAAGCGCUUCAAGACAAUCAAGCCGGAUGAUUGGAAGGCUAAUGCAGCCAACCAAGGGGGCGAAGGUAAGAAGGAGAAGGAGAAGGAGAAAAAGCAAAAUCAUAAUCAGAACCAGAGCAAAGGAGGUAACAAGAAGGAUGCGAAGAACAAUGGCAACAAAGAGGAAGAGAAGAAAAAUGAGACAUCAGGGGUUGUUGACGCUUGCGAUAUGUCGGGGGGAAAUGGUGAUGUCUUCCCUGGUCUAUCUGGUGGAGACACGGACAACAGCAAAGACGACUCUGGCAACAAGGACACUUCGUGGGAUGGUCUUGUAGGAGGUAUUAUAGUGACCGAUACUAGUGCGUGGGACUUUGGUAACGCUACAGGUGGUGUAGACGGUGCUAAUGAUACAGCUGUGAAAUGGGAUUUUGACUGUGGACGAAACUGGAGUACAGCCUCGAACAACGAUCAGGACAAGAAAAAAGACGGUGCUAGCAUAGCAGAUCCAUGGAAUUCGACCGCUCCAACACAGAACUCUCCUUCGAAGCAAACUCUUUCACAACCUGGCUCUCAACACAAAGACAACAACAACAACGCCCAGCCCAUCACCACCCGUCCCCUCGAACUCGAGGUCAAACCCGGCGAUACCUUCUCCGCCGAUGACUUACGUCUCGUGGCUCGAAUCCUACAACAGGAUUGUUCUAUGGUUUGGAAUAGGGUUAGCUGGCGCUUCAGGGACAAGACUGGUAGGACACUGCAUCCUGAUGAAUUCGAGAAGAAGAUUACGGGACGUCUCGAAGGCGAGAAUUGCGGGAAGAGUAAGCGGAGGUAG